AUGAUCUCAGUAGCUAAAUCAGUCAUAUAUCCUAACUAUGUUUGCAUUGAUAGAGUAGGAUAUGUUGGUGGUCUAAUACUCAUGUGGAAGGAUGGUAUAGAUGUUGAAGUUAUUGGUUGUGAUAAUAAUAUAAUUCAUGUGACAAUUCAGUUGUGUCCUAGUAAGCCUAAGGUCUUGUUUUCUUUUAUGUAUGGAUCAACCUGUUCAGAACCUAAAAAAACUCAGUGGAAUUUUAUUACUGAGUUUAGCAAAGAUGUCCAGCAACCUUGGUUAAUAUUAGGGGAUUUAAACUUUCAUUUGGAUAGAAAUAAUACUAGUUCUGAUACUUGGGUUCAAAAUGAUGUUAAUAAUGCUGGCCUAGUUGACAUUGGGUAUGAGGGUAGAAACUACACUUGGACUAGUAACUCUUAUGGUACAGGAGUUAGGAAAGAUAGACUAGACAUGGCUUUAGGUAAUAAUGAUUGGUUCUUAAAUUUUCACAAUGCUAAGCUUUUGCAUCUGAAUUUUGUUGCUUCUGAUCAUUCACCUGUGCUUCUUAUUACUGAUCCUAUUCCUAAAAAUCUCUGGAGGCCUUUUAAAUUUUUCAGAACUUGGAAUGAGCAUAAUACUUUUAAAAAUAAUCUUGAGUCUUCCUGGAAUGUUGAUGUGCAUGGUAGUCCUGCCUUUAAACUUAUCCAAAGACAACAUAGUGCUAGGAUAGCUUUAUCUCAGUGGAAUAGGAUGGAGUUUGGAGACAUCCAAAAGAAUAUUUCUAAACUUCAAACUUCUUUGGAAAUUUUCCAGAAUGAACUAGUUCUAAUAGACAUCAUGCUAGAGUCAAAGCUAUCACCAAAUGGAAAUUCGCUUCAGGAAAGAAAUGAUAUGAGUAGACUUCUUACUAAUCAUUUUAGUGUUGUCUCUUGUUCUUCUAAUCCUGUUUUGCCUGAUAUUUCCUUUGAUAUUAUUUCAAAAAUCCUUACUGAUACUGAUAAUGAUAAGCUUUUUGCUAUGCCAAGUGAAAUUGAAAUUGAAAAUUUUGUCAAACAUAUGCCUUCGUGGAGUUCUCCUGGUCCUGAUGGCUUUCAAGCAGGUUUUUAUCAAACUCAAUGGAAUGUUGUAGGAAAAGAUAUUAUUGAUGUGGUUCAAAAAAUUUUCCAAAGUGGUCACAUGCCUAGAAGUCUUAAUAGGACUUAUAUUUCCCUUAUACCUAAAUACAAAAGUCUUGAAACUCCAGCUGAGUUUAGACCAAUUGGUCUGUGUAAUGCCUCUGAUAAGGUUAUUUCUAAGAUUUUGGCCAAUAGAAUUAAACCUUUGCUUAAAAAAUUAGUUUCUCCUUAUCAAGCUGCCUUUGUACCAGGAAGAGCCAUCCAUGACAAUAUUAUUAUUGCUCCUGAAAUGGUUCAUUCAAUGAAACAUAAAGAAGGUAUAAGUGGUACAAUGGCCAUCAAACUUGAUCUGUCAAAAGCUUUUAACAGACUUGAACGGAGUUUUAUUAAUAAAGUUCUUGAGAGUUUUGGUUUUAAAUCUGAUUUUUGUAACCUCAUUAUGCAGUGUGUCUCCACUACUAGUAUAAAUGUUCUUGAGAGUUUUGGUCUCCCUGUGAUCAAUUUGAACCUACUAGAGGGAUAA